AUGUUUGAGAAGGUGGAGGUUCACGGGUAUGAUGCAUUAAAAGAAGCCCUAAAUGGGAAGUCGAUGCGUACGAUUAUAUUAUUUGUCGGGUCAGUGGAUCCACAGAGUGGUAAAAGUUGGUGCCCUGAUUGUGAAACAGGCAAGUUAUUUUCUGUUGGUUGGUUCCUAUUUGAGUAUCAGGUUUUGAAAGGAAUUCGAGUUAGAAACCCAUUCAGAACAGAUGAAACUUUUAAAUUAACUUGUGUUCCGACACUUCUGGAUCUUAGUGUCAAGGUUAGUUGUUUAUGUUCUGAUCCAUGCAACUGA